AUGAGCAUCGGUUCAUCUCGGAAAGAGGUACUGUCACGUGUCGUGCACGCCUAUGACGGUCCUCAGCUUUACGACCAUAAAUAUUGCGGCGUCAAGCAGCUUAUAUUAACGUGCGGAGGUCGUUCACCGAGAAUGAAUUACGCUCCCGGCUUCGGUACAUUCGCCGAAAGCGCAGAAUACACGCAAAUUCCCAACCUCGACGCUAAGAUUAUUACGUCUGUGGAAGAGAAGCGAAAACAAAAUAGAGGAAUGAACGACGUGUUGUACAACUGCGUUUGCGGUACCGGCCGUCGCUGA